GAGUGCAUAAUCUUUUUUCUGCCCCACCCCCACCCCCUUUCCUCCCUCCCCCCCGAUUCUUUGCCGCUCGAGGCCUCGGCCCCUGCGUCGUGCUGAUCAAGAACUGGAACCGUCCAUGUGGUCCGAUUGUGAUCCGAGCUGUCUCCCUUCCCCCACUACAAACCCCUCCUCCUCCUUCUCCCCCUCUCUCUCGGCAGGAUCCCAGGCUGGGCGAUGGGGACGAAGCGACAGGUGGGGAGAUGAUUCGACUGCCAACUGGGAGAUUGGUCUGAAAGAAGCACAAGCGGGAGAAUUUGACCUUCUUGCACAUGAAGUAUACCAGCAGAGCCAUGGAGGCUUUCUCAAUCCGCAGGCUCAUUAAGGAUGCUUUCCGAAGGUUUGCAGGCGAAGAAGCGGCGCAAUGGCUGGAUGGCAUCGUGUUCGGAUGGACUUACGACAAAUCUGUUGCAGCGCACGUGUGCAGGCCAAAGCAGUUGUUCAAGGAUUUCGACAUUGAGCAGUGGACCAAGCAGUACGAUCCAACUCAGUGCCGGUGCAGAACCAACAGGUACUUGAGCUUACACAGCCAACAUACCCUGGAGCUCUUCCCGGGAUCGGAGCAGACGCACGUCCUGACGAUGGACACUUCCAUCAUCAACAACGGUUGGCUGCAGGCGAUGCUGAAGGCAGGACUCAACCAUGUUCCACUAAGGGCAUACGACAUCGGCGAAGCAUUGUAUGAGGUCGACCUUCUACUAGACAAGCUUGUUAUCGUUUCCUAUGACAUCGCGAGUAAGAGCGAAUCACGCAGGAGGAAGCUCAAACAGCUGGUCUUGCAGAAGGCUGAGGCCAAGAUGGUCGGUCACUGCAGCAAGAAUAGGCAUAUCUCCGCAGAACCCAUAGACCGGACGAGUACCAGAAGGGAGAUAGACUUUCUGACUGACCACUUUCUGAUCUGUCCUACCGAUAAGUCUGCGAGUACCCCACCCUUUGUCUGCGUAGAAUUCAUCAGGGUCCUGGCUCUGCGCAAGCUGCAAGGUUCGGACUUCGUUCCCCUGAACGAGGAUCCGGAUCCACUCAUUGAUAGUAUUAGAGGGGAACUGACCCAUUUGCCAGCCCUCCAUGUUGGCAACGGAGCACUCCCACACCUCAUGACGGUUUAUAAAGCACACAAACGGACCUUCCGAUGGAUCACCAACACCGCCAAUACCGUCGUCUCCCCGAUGGCGAGCCUAUGCGCCUCCUUGCUCAGCUUCCUCAUCCCUUGCGUACAGGGCACCUGUGAAGAAAAGAGCAUUGAAAUGGAGGCUGAAUACGGAGUGAAGCCGAACCUCUGGUGGCCCAUUGCAUCAGUCGGGCAAUUCGCGACCAAUCUUCCACAACUACUGUUCUCAGUAUAUACGGCGGACAUCACGCGGUGCUUUGAGACCAUCCCUACGGACGACUCAGAGCACAGCCUAGUGAUGGCAGUCAGAUUUUUCGUGCAAUUAGCCCUGGAAUAUCGUAGGGAUAGGAGCUCUAGGGACGUCAUCAGGGUCAGGGUUAGUGCUGACGGGUACUUCCCAUCUUGGGUAGAGGAACGCUUGCAGAAUACGGGCAAUGAGCUUUUCUUCAACGAGGAGGAGAUAGUAGCAGUAACGCAGUGGUGCCUGACACACAACCUGGUACAGAUGGGCACAUGCGUCUGGAAGCAGGUGCUGGGUAUACCGAUGGGCCUGGCCUGCUCACCGGUCUGGUGUGACAUCUAUUUCUUCAGGUAUGAGUACCAAGCGAUGAUCAGAUUUCUGAGGACAGGCAACGAGCGACUGGUGCCAGCCUUCGACGACACCUACAGAUAUGUGGACGAUCUCUGCUCGUUGAACAAUCCAUCGACUCGUGAGUUUUUCAAGGAAGACUGCGACCAGAUCACUAACCCAAUCUGGAUCUAUCCGAAGAGCUACAUCGAGAUGAAAGAGACCACUGAAGUGAAGGACGGCGAAGUGGGCAUCAGUACCAACUUCCUCAACAUGACGAUUGCGGUCUCAUCCAGGGAGCAGGGCACAUACUCCACCUCUAAGCACGACAAGAAAAAAGGUAUGAGCUUUCCCCCUUGUAGAUUCAUGAGGUUCAACUCGAACCGAAGCAUUGCACAAUCAUUGCAGGUUAUUACAGCACAGACUGCGCUCAUCCUCCUGCUCUGCACUGACCCACGGGAGGCCGCCAAGGAGAUCAACGAAAUAGUAAGUGUCAUGUUUGAGAAUGGCUCUGAAACCCAAAGGUGUUGGGCGAUAGUCAAGAAGCUCUUGGAGGGCAGCUUCGACUAUCACCCCGGGCAAGUAGACAGGCACCUCGUGGAGUGCCACCUCCGAACUGACUUUAACAUGGACUGAGUCUGUGCUUUGUGGCUGUGGCUAUGUCUGUGUCUGUGUAUGUGGUUGUGUAGUGUGUGUGGUGUCCGGGGGGCGUCUAGCCGCAAG